AUGGCGACGCUCCGCCUCGCGGCCUGGAGCACGUCUCUACAAUUCAGCGACCUGCCCGAGCCAGUCACCCAGGCCGCCGUGCGGAGUUUCUACAACUGGACGGGCUGCGCGCUGGGCGGCUCGAACCAUCCGACGACCACGACAGCGCUCAAGGCCCUCGCGCCAUUCUUUGGAAAGCCCACGUCCAGCAUCCUGGGUCAUUCCGACGACAAGGACAAGGACAACAUCGGCAGCGCAGACGCCUCCCACGCGGCUUUGAUCAACGGCAUCGCCUCGCACGUCCAUGACUACGACGAUACACAUCUGGAGACCAUCAUCCACCCCACGGGCCCGGUGGCGAGCGCAUUGCUCGCGCAGGCCGAGGCGCUGGGAAAACCCGUCGUGGGAGAGGAAUUUAUCCUGGCCCUGGUGACGGGCAUAGAGGCCGAGUGCAAAGCUGGGUUGGCCGUGUGGCCUAAGCAUUAUGACAUCGGUUGGCACAUCACAUCGACCACCGGCGCGAUCGGUGCUGCCGUCGCGGUGGGCAAACUGCUCAAUCUCACUACCAAGCAAAUGGCCCACGCCAUUGGCAUCGCCGCCACGCAAGUCACCGGUCUCCGAGAGAUGUUCGGUUCGGACACGAAAUCCUUCCACGUGGGCCGGUCGGCGCAGAACGGGCUCAUGGCCGCCACCCUCGCAUCAAAGGGGUAUACCUCUUCAACACAGGCCCUGGAAGCCAAACGCGGUUGGGUCAAUGUGGUGAGCGAGACGCAUAACCUGGACGAGGUAAUGCCGACAUUGGGGAAAGUGUGGGAGACGGAGAAGAACUCGUUCAAGCCGUUCCCCUGCGGGAUAGUCGUCCAUCCGAUCAUCGACGGGUGUAUCCAGCUGCACCGGGAUAUGCAAGAGCAAGGGCUAUCCGCGCGGGAGAUCAAGAACAUAAAGUGCAAGGUCCACCCGCUGGUCCUGGAGUUGACGGGCAAGAAGACGCCCCAGGACGGCCUGCAGGCCAAGUUCAGCGUCUACCACGGCGGGGCGGUGGGCCUCGUGCUGGGUAAGGCCGGACCGGCACAGUACGAGGACAACGUGGUCACCAGCCCCGAGAUCGUUUCGGUCAGGGACAAGAUCGCCGCCACGGCGGACGCAACGCUGGGCACAGAUGAGGCAGAGAUCGUAGUCGAGUUCACCAGCCCAAGCAGCGCGCUCACGAAGCACGUCAAGCACGCCAUCGGCAGCCUCGAGGUGCCCAUGACGGAUGCACAGUUGCAAGAGAAGUUCAUCGAUCAAGUGAGUCCCGUGCUAGGGACCGAGGGGGCCAAGAAGGCCAGCGACGCGGCGUUGGCGUUGAGGGCAGUUGUGGAUGUUGCUGGGAUGGCGAAGACGUUAUGA